AUGGUGGACUCCGAGACUUCUUCCGCAUUCAAAGCGUUAACAGAUGCUUUGGGAGGAUGUUUCGAUCCAAAAUGGGAGCAGUACGCUCAUAUAAAGGGAGAGUUGCAGCUUGUUCAGUCGCAAAAGCAUCAGCUCGUUAAACUUCAGUCCCGUCUGAAACAAAACAAUGUGACAGACGAGAACAAAACUCAGAAUCUGCUCCCAGUUCCUGGUCGAGCACGCACACCAACGCAGUUUCAAAAUGUUUUGAACGGUGGUCGAAUUCCCACAACCGAAGAGACUUCCGUUUCCAUGGACUUCCACCCGCGGACAAAUAAACCGACUCGCCCUUUGCGAGCCCGCGAGCUGGAAGCCAUAAAGCAAUUGUCUUCUUCCAGCCAAGAUGUGACGAUGAAUGGAUUUAUGGAUUUAUUCCCCUCAGAUAGCUCCACAGAAAGCAUCGAGUUUUUCAAAUCUACUGAAGCCCUAAAUAAUAUCAGACGCCGCGAAAGUUCCCGUCGCUCACGAGGAAAUGAGAAUUGGAGUGAACCGUCUUCCAUCUCAAACGCGCAAGGGAUCCGGAUGCAACCAUUGAACAGUUUCGAAGUUUCCCGGAGAUUAGAACAAUAUCUACCUCGGGCGAAUCCAACAGACGCGACGAGGAACAAAGUAAUCGACCAGCAGUUUUACACUGGAUCGAAUAGAGACAAACCAAACGGAAUCCGAUUGAUUCAUGCUCCGUCGAUCAAAUCUCGUGAAGUAAUCAUCAGAGACUCGGUUGAUUCACGUAGUCCAAAAUAUAAGCGUACCUCCCGUAUUAUAAUACAAAAACAGCUUCCUUCACAGAAUGGGUUGCACCUCGGUUGGCUUAAACAAACAGAUCGGAAAGCCGCCUCCAUUGAACACUUAUCAGUCAAACCUGGGCAGACGGAUCACAAAUCACCACGUCUUACCAUUAUAGACCAUUCUUUGUCAUCUCCGGAACGCGCAAAACGUGGAAGGGGCACAUUGGAUUCAGUUGCCUCCAACCAUCAACAACUCAGCCUACAUCCGCAACGUUUGGGUGGAGCGGAAACUUCCAAAGUGAAAACAUUUGAGGUGAUAACAACCUAUCCAUAUGCUGCCCAAGACACUGAUGAAUUAUCAUUGCGUUUGAAUGAGGUUGUUCGCGUUCUACCGUGGCCCGAAGGAAUGGACGAUGUAAGUAUAGGCUGA